AUGGAAGGCUGCAAAAAUGAUAAGCCCAGACUCGGCAUUCCCAAGCCUGACAGUAACUAUGUCCCCAAGUCCAAAUACAAUACUGCUAUACCUGAAGAAACCUACAUUCCUAAAUCAGAGUCAGAAUAUGUCAAAUUCGAUAUCAAACACAUCGAAAAUCCCAGUUUCAACUAUCCUAAAUCAAAGCCGGAGUAUGUGAAACCCAAUGAAGAGUAUAUUCCCAAUCCUAAACCAGAUAUUGAAAAACCUGAUGUCAUCUAUCAUACAUUAGAAUCCAAACCAGAAAAACUAAAACCUACUUAUCCUGAAUCUACGCCGCAGUAUGCCAAAUCUAACAACAAGUACAGCCCUGACUCCGAACAUGAUUCUGUAAAACCGGAAUAUGUUAAACCAGACGAAAAUAAGUAUAACACAAAAUAUAAACCGGAUGCUAGUUAUACUGAACAAAAAUCAGAAUACAUCAAACCUGAUCAGGUUUCUAUUCCUGAUUCGAGUUAUGGGUACAACUCAAAAUUAGAAAAGCAUAUUGGCAUUGAAGGACUUGUCCUCUGCAAAUCAGGUUCUAGCUAUAUCCCCAUUAAAGGUUUCAUGGCAAAGAUUUCAUGUUCAAUUUUAGGUGAGAAUGGAUACAUGACGAGACUUUUCUCUUGCUCGACCGGUGCAACCGAUGCAAAUGGUUACUUCUUUAAGGCAAUUCCUGUUGUAGGGCUUAAAGACUGCAAUGUCAAACUUGAAAAAUCUUCAUUAGAAAGCUGCAAUAUUCUUACUGACCGGAGCUAA